AUGGAAACUAUGGCUUUACAGUUCAAAUCAAUGUGUCCGUUCCUGAAGAAUGCAUCUCCGGCAACCCUUCGCUCGUUUACUACGAGCUCACAUCAGUUUCCACAUCGCAAUAGCGACAAGUCAAAACUUCUAGACGUAGCUCGUCUUUGUCCUGUUAUGGGUAAUGCUCUCAAAGCAAGACUUACCACUACUGAUAAAGUGUUAUCUACCCCUCAGUGUCGGAGAACCAGUAAGAGUAAAUUCCAUACAUAUUCGGCGUGCUCCAUCCCUGCAGAGUCCACUGCUCCGGUCGAAUCUAAAAAUUGCCCUAAAUCUGAAACGAAUUUUACUGAUAAAAAAUUUGAUUACGAGGCUUUUUAUAAGACAGAACUAGAUAAAAAACAUAAAGAUAAAUCAUACCGUUAUUUCAACAAUAUUAAUCGACUUGCUGCUGAGUUUCCGCGCGCUCAUUUACCAGGAAACCCAGAGAGAGUAACUGUCUGGUGCUCAAAUGAUUAUCUAGGUAUGGGACGAAAUGCUAAAGUUUUAAAAGCUAUGCAUUCUACCUUGGAUAUUUAUGGUGCUGGUGCUGGUGGGACAAGAAAUAUAUCUGGUCAUAAUCAACAGGCAGUGUCGCUUGAGUCAACUAUCGCUGAACUUCAUGCCAAGGAAUCAGCAUUAGUAUUUACUUCCUGCUAUGUAGCCAAUGAUGCUACUCUAGCUACGUUGGGAAGUAAAUUACCAGAAUGCGUAUUUCUAUCUGAUGCCCUCAAUCAUGCGUCUAUGAUUCAGGGUAUCCGUCACUCUGGGGCUAAAAAGCUCAUAUUUGCGCAUAAUGACCUCAAUGAUCUUGAAGCAAAAUUAGCAUCUAUUCCCAGCUCCACACCUAAAAUAAUUGCAUUUGAAAGUGUGUACAGCAUGUGUGGCUCUGUAGCACCUAUCAGCGAAAUCUGUGACUUAGCAAAAAAGUAUAAUGCGCUUACGUUUCUUGACGAGGUUCAUGCAGUCGGUAUGUAUGGACCGCACGGUGCAGGAGUGGCUGAACAUCUAGACUAUGGUGCCCACGCAGCUGGAAAGCCGCAAGGGACUGUCAUGGACCGAGUCGAUAUCAUUACUGGUACGCUCGGCAAAGCUUACGGUUGUGUUGGUGGCUAUGUUGCCGGGUCUCUCAAUAUGAUAGAUGCAAUACGGUCGCUUGCUGCCGGCUUCAUUUUUACUACAUCUUUGCCACCAGCUGUCAUGGCGGGCGCCAAUAUGGCAAUCCGUUAUCAGAUGGAGUAUCAGCGCGAUAGACAACUGCAGCAGCUACAUACAAGGGCUGUAAAAGACGAGCUGAUAGCACGAGAUAUCCCAGUGAUGCAAAACCCAUCACAUAUAAUACCUGUUCUGGUGGGUAAUGCUGAAACCGCCAGAGCUGCAUCAGAUCUCCUUCUCACGAAACAUAACAUCUAUGUACAGAGUAUUAAUUACCCUACAGUCCCUGUGGGAAAAGAAAGGCUUCGUAUAACCCCAACUCCUAGUCAUACAAGUGCAAUGCAAAAGGAACUUAUCAAAGCCCUUGAGUCAGUCUGGACUGAACUAGGGAUCAGGCGCAUAUCAGAUUGGGACAAAGUGGGUGGAUUUCCUGGUGUUGGACAGCGACAUUUAAUUCAAGCUGCGCCGCUAUGGAGCGAUCUGCAACUUCGACUAAGUGAGCAAGAGUGA